AUGACAAGAAACCUUAACCUCACCGCCGACAGUAAUCUACACCGGAGCUCUGUCGACUACGUCCAAAUGCUGAAUUCGAGGGAGAUCGAUGUCGCGGGGAUGAUUCUAACAGUAAGAGAGGGGCAGGGAGAAGGAGCGUGGUCUAGCUACGGAGAAGGUGUGACACAAGAUGUUUACGAGUUCGGGCCCCUCGCGGUGGAGGUCCCCGAGAAUGUCAAUGCACUUGUGGAUAUGAUGGCUGUUGCCCACUCUUCUGUUGUUGCAAAUGAAACUACUUUUUGCAUCAGAAAGGCUAAUUUUCUGCACACAUGCCCAGCAGUAGCAGAGAAUACAAAGGUCACAGGAAAAUGGGUGGCACACCAGUGUGAGGAUAUGCUGAGAAUUGAUAUUGGCACACCAAUCACCACAAUAAUGCAUAAUUUGAAGAAGAAAUAUGGAGUAGAGAUCUCAACCCAUAUGGCCUAUAGGGCUAGGAAACAAGCAUUGAAGGUUGUCCAAGGAGACCAGAGAGGGGUAGAUGGUUGUUUUAUCAAGUUGUCAACAGGUCAGCAGAUCCUUGCUGCAACAGGAAGGGAUGGAAACAACAACAUAUACCCUAUAGCAUUUGGAGUUGUUGACAAAGAGGACACAGAUAGCUGGACCUGGUUCUUAACACAACUGAAAGAUGCACUUGGUGGAGAAAGUGGAAAGUUUGGGUAUUAUACUAUCAUUUCUGAUAGGCAGAAGAAUUUCCAAACUGCUGGUUUUAGAGGUGAUGAGUUAAAGAAACACAUGGAUGCAGCUAGCUACUCUUAUACUAAGAAUGAACACCUAGCUGCAAUGAAUGAUUUGAAAAGAGAGUGUAAGGCAGCUUGGGCAUGGCUUAAUAAAGUACCAGUUCAUACAUGGGCUAGACAUGCAAUGGAUUUUACAUGCAAGACUGGCCUAGUUGUGAACAACAUCAGUGAGGUGUUUAACAAAAUGAUCCUAGAUGUUAGAGGGAAGCCAAUAAAGACCAUGCUGGAAGGAAUUAGGACUAAAUUGAUGGUCAAAUUUAACACCAAUAGAACUAAGACAGAGACAACAAAUUGGGAGAUUUGCCCAACAUAUGCAGAGAUGUUAGAGGAGGCAAAGUACAACUCAAGGUGGUGCCAAUCUUUGAUGGCUGGUCCUAACAUUUACCAAGUUAGUAGUGGAGAUAACACCUACUCAGUGAACUUGCUGCACAGAACAUGUGGAUGUAGGAAAUGGGAUAUGACUGCUAUGCCUUGCAAUCAUGCAGUCUCUGCAAUUGUGAAAGCUAAGUUGCAACCUGAAGACUUUGUUGAUGAUUUCUUCAAGAAGGCAAUGUACAAAAAAGCAUAUGGCCAUAUCAUAUUUCCUGUCCCUGGUCCAAAUCUGUGGCCAAGGAUAAGAACUCAGGACAUAGAGCCUCCAGUUUUCAGAGACAAAGUUGGGAAGCAACAAACAAAGAGGAGGAAAAACCAAUUUGAGAAGCCAGCACCAAGAGAUACAUCUAGGAUGGCAUCCAUUACUUGUAGCAACUGCAAACUUGUAGGGCACAGAUACACUGUGUGCUCCAAGCCCUUGAAACCAGCUCUUGCUAUGAGACAAAACCAGCAUCAGCCAAACAGGUCACAUGCUUCUGCUUCAUCUACAGCUGCUGCACCAACAAGGAAGAGGCCAUCUCCAUGUACAGCAGAUGUUGGGACUGCUCCUCCCAGGAAGAAAGCUGCACCUGCUGCAACUACACCUACUGCUCCUCCAAGGAGGAGAGCUGCACCUGCUGCUACUGCACCUACUGCUCCUCCCAGGAGGUCUCCCAGGAAGAAUGCUACCCCAGGACCUACUGCUCCUCCAAGGAGGUCUCCCAGGAAGAAAACUACCCCAACUGGUACAUCUUCUACAUCUGCUGCAGGCCAUAGGGGUACAUUUCAUGCUCCAAGACAGACUGGAAGGAAGAGGACAGUUUCCUACAAGAUGAAAGAGUACCUAUAUGCUUCUGGUAACUAG